UCCUUUCUUUCUUCUGCAUUUAGCAUUCGAAGAUAAAGGUCGCGUGUGGACCUUAGGUUUAAGUUUAUUAUUAAAUAAUUUAGCCUAAACAUAAGUCAUGGCCAAUAACGACAACUUUGCACAAGAUGUUACUGAUAAUCAACUAAAUGGAAAUGCCGAAAAUGGUGGUGGCGAUACGCAAGAACAUAAUAGUGCCGAAGCCCCUGGGCGUGAUGAUGACAGAAAACUUUUUGUCGGAGGCCUGAGCUGGGAAACCACAGACAAGGAGUUACGUGACCACUUCAGUGCAUAUGGUGAGAUUGAGAGCAUCAAUGUCAAGACUGAUCCAAACACUGGCAGAUCAAGAGGAUUUGCCUUUAUUGUGUUCAAGGCACCAGAUUCAAUAGACAAAGUGAUGGCUGCUGGAGAGCACACUAUUAACAACAAAAAAGUUGAUCCGAAAAAAGCAAAGGCUAGACAUGGAAAGAUCUUUGUUGGUGGUCUUAGCAGUGAAAUAUCAGAUGAUGAGAUCAAAAACUUCUUCAGUAAUUUUGGAACAAUAAUUGAAGUCGAGAUGCCCUUUGACAAAACCAAGAAUCAGAGGAAGGGAUUCUGCUUUAUAACAUUCGAGUCUGAACAGGUGGUCAAUGAGCUGCUGAAGACUCCUAAGCAGACCAUUGGUGGCAAGGAGGUCGACGUCAAGCGUGCGACACCUAAGCCAGAUGGUCCGGGAGGAAUGGGAGGACGUGGAGGUCGUGGCGGUCGUGGAUUGCGGGGCGGUCGCGGUCGUGGCGGAUAUGGAGGCCAGGGCGCCUGGGGCAACGGAGGUUACGGCGGCUAUGGCUACGGACAAGGAGGCUAUGGCGGCGGCUACGACGGAUACGGCUACGGCGGCUACGGUUACGACGGCUACGGGGGCUACGGCGGUUACGAUUACUCUGGAUAUCCCAAUUACGACUACGGCGGGUACGGAGGGUACGAGGGCGGGUACGGCGCGCGCGCGGCUCCGCGCGGGAAAGGUGACGUUACAGCCGGGUACCAAGGUGGCAAGCAGCGCGGCGGCGGCGGCGGCGGAGGCCGCGCCAACCAGAGGCACCAGCCCUAUUAAACUUGUACCUGCCGAUAGUCAUCUCAGUCCAAUAGUGAGGUUAAGUCACCGGUCAUGAGUGUCCCCUGCGCUUCUCGCCUCGCCGCGCUGGGGGCACUUCAUUUCAUUCCACAUAAUUAAUUUAAGGAAGUAAUUGAUAACAUUUUAAGAAGAUUUUUUAAGGGUAAAAUACUGUCACAGUUGCGAUAAGGCCGUUCGGACGGCUCUAACGUACAUUUUAUUAUAAUAUAGUAUGAAUUAUAGAUUCACUCUGAGUAUUAUUGCAGAUUUAUUAGAUUCGAUUAUGACUUAUGUCUCGAAAUUUUACCUUACGUACUGAACACUAGAAAUAAUAGAAUAAUUAUAAUUACAGAGCUUAUAAAUUUGUAACAAUGUCCCUGUCGUCGGCGAGUCGUCUUGUGACGUGUUGCGUGUGUAUGAGUUCGCGGAGACGCGUACGAGUGUGUGUCGUGUGAACGUGUAGUAGAGUCGCCCUCAUCUUUUACUGUCUGUUAUUGAUCUGGAUCUCAUCGCAGAUAUGUAGUUUUGUACUUUAAUUUGGUAAAUGAUCGAGCAAUCAGAAUCAUGUAUUUUAUACAAAUUAGAUGUUUCUUCCAUUGAUUAGGGAUGAAAUAAUUUUUUUAGACAUAAGUAAUCGGUCAUGAACAAACUGGAGAUAUACCAAGUUGUGUAUGUCAGAAUAAAACAAAUGUGUAAAUAAAAUAUUGACUUUU